AUGGCUCAAGAAGCCCCAGAUUACGAUUUCCAAUUCAAGAUCAUUCUUUUAGGCGAUAGUGGUGUUGGAAAAACAGCUAUCAUCACCCGCUAUUGCAAAGAACUUUUCCAUGAGCAAGAUCCAACAAUUGGUGUAAACUUCCAACAGAAAUACAUCGAAAUUAACAAUAAAAAGAUUAAAUUAGCUAUUUGGGAUACAGCUGGUCAAGAAAAAUUCCGUACAAUCACUCGCCAGUUUUACAGAAAAGUUGAUGGUGCAAUCUUAGUAUACGAUUUAACUGAUAAGAAGUCUCUUGAAGAUCUCGAGAGCCUUUGGAUCCCAGAAUUAAAUAGUAAUGUUACUAGCGACUGCCAGAUGCUUAUUGUUGGUAACAAAUGCGACUUAAAGGAGGAUCCAGAGUAUAAGGAUAAGAUUGUUACAAAGGAAGAAGCAGAAAAUGUUGCUCGUAAGCAUGCUACACUUUUUGUCGAAUCUAGUGCUAAAUCUAACGAAGGUGUUCAGCAGGCAUUCGAAGAAUUAGUUACACGUCUUGUUGAGAAACCAAGAACUCAUGAAGAAGACGCCGCUGAAACAGUUCAGAUUGAUCCAAAGAAUUCACCAAGCCAGGGCUGGUGCUGCUAUUAA